AUAUAAGUAAAUUCGGUAAACUGGAUCCGGGCGCUCCCUUACCCCACAAAAAAUGGCUAAAAGAGUGGCGCCCAUUCCCAAAACCCACGAACGCACUCCGGGUCCCAGAGGUCAGGAUACCAAGGGCAACAAUGACCUUUUCCUGAAGGAGGUCUUUCAAACCACCAACAAAUACCGAGCAAUGCACGGGUGUCCGGCUUUAACCAUUAAUGCUGAGCUCAACAAAUUGGCUCAAGAAUGGGCCAAUCACCUUCGAGAUGGAAACAUGAUGGCGCACCGAACCAAUCCCAAGUACGGAGAGAACAUUUUCCUCUCCGGUGGAAUGGAUGUGACUGGUGACUUGCCCGUGGAAAUGUGGUAUCGAGAAAUAAAUGCCUACGACUUCAAUAAGGCUCAAUUCGCGCCCACGGCAGGACACUUCACACAGCUAAUCUGGAAGUCCUCGAAGGAAAUGGGUUCAGGCGUUGCUCGAAAAGCGGACAGAACUUGGGUGGUUUGCAACUAUAAUCCUCCCGGAAAUGUUGUGGGUUUAUUCAAGGAUAAUGUGCCCCCCCAAAACCAAAUAGUUUUGCUUCUUCAGCUAUCAAAAUCUGAAGAUUAAUACGGGACACGGGUCCAGUUUUAGUAAAUAAAAUUUUUACAAGUUUUGGAAGCCUU